CUUAGCUCAGUUUACAAUAAAAAGAUUCUGUAUACUGCAUGCCUAAUAGGCCUAAUGUAACUUGAUAAGUCAAAUGAAAGUCAUAUUAAAAGAUAGGACUUAGCAAUAGAACAUUUAGGCUUAUAAAAUUAAUAGUCUGCCUUUUUUAAAAAAACUUUGCACUAAGUUUCCCAGGCCUAGUUUGAGCUUACUUUUUGAAACUUUUCUUGAGUUUGCUGUACACCAAACAUAUUUUUUGUAACUCCCCUCGAGAAACCUGGAAAGGACCAUUACCCUUUAAAUUUAUGGGUCCGUAGAACAUGUAUUUAGAUGUUAUUGUUUGUAUAUCAUCAUGAGGAGGCCAAUUAAAUCCAUUAAGUUAUUUUUUCAAGAACUUAACCUUACAAAGUCCUUCAUCUGGAAAGUCAAUAACUCGCCCAAUGUACCAGUCCAAAUAGUAAUACACAGCACAGUACAGUUCUAGUCUAGGAACAACACUACUUGGAUGAAAUUUUUCAGGCACACUGUUGUCCGAUGAAGAAAAUAAUUCUUCAAGGCGUAAUGGCGAGUCUUCAUCCGUUUCAAUAGUUUCUGGACACCUUGGUAGAAGCUAUUCACUACGAAAGGGUCUGCUCCUCUUACACGUUGGUUGCUCAACUGUUCACCUUUUCUGAUUCUCAGGCAGCGAGAUGCCCCGCGCCGGGGCCAGCGCCCCCAGGAAGCCGGCGGCGAGGAAGCCGGCCGCGAGGAAGCCAGCCAGAGGCCACGUCCUGCCCGAGACGCUGCCGGAGGGGGAGGUGCUGGUGGACACCCGCAAGCGCAGCUGGCGACUGGGGCCUCCCGUCGGCACGGGCGGUUUCGGGGCGGUGUACGCAGCCUCGGAAGUUGCCACAAAUUCUGGUGAUGAGUACGUUAUCAAAAUUGAACCUCAUGGAAAUGGGCCCCUCUUCGUGGAAAUGCACUUCUACAUGAAGUUCUCCAAGCCUGAGGACAUUGCUCAGUGGAAAAAAGACAAGAAGCUCACGUACCUCGGCGUGCCCGAGUUCCACGGCCACGGCUCGCACGAGUUCAACGGGACGAAGUACCGGUUCAUCGUGAUCGACCGGCUGGGGAGGAACGUCCACGCCAUCUUCAAGCAGAGCAAGAAGCUGUCGCCGGUGGCCGGCUUCCAGCUCGGCGUGCAGAUAGUGAACAUCCUGGAGUUCGUCCACUCGCGCGGCUACUGCCACGCGGACAUCAAGGGCGACAACCUGCUGCUGGGCUGGAAGAAGGGCUCGGAGAACCAGGUGUUCCUGGUGGACUUCGGCCUCGCCGAGAUGUGCACCAAGGCCAAGGAGAAGCCGGAUCCCAAGAAGGCCCACAACGGGACCGUCGAGUACACCAGCCGGGAUGCGCACAAGGGCGUUGUCGGGAAGCGAGGUGACUUCGAGAUCCUGGCCUACAACUUGCUGCACUGGAUGUCCGGGAAGCUGCCGUGGGAGAACAGCAUCGCCGACUGCGUCAAGUUGGCAGCGCUGAAGGAAGAGUACAUGAGCGACGUGCCCAAGCUCAUGAAAGCAUGUUUCGGCUCCUCGAAGCCACCAGAUGCGCUUGUGAAGUUUUUCAACUACGUGGUGAAGCUGGAUCACGACGGUGUGGACUACAACAAGUGCAGGUCCAUCUGCGUGGAGGGACUGAAGGCACUCAAGUCGGGCGUGGACCGGCCACUGGACUUGGGCGCGGGCCCCAAGCCCGAGGCGAAGGGCAGGAAGCGUCGCUCCGACGCGGGCAGCAGCGCUGAGCCGUCGCACAAGGUCGUGAAGGAGACGGCCAAGAAGGGUGUCGCCGGCAGGAAGGCGACGGCGUCUCGGAAGACCGCAGCCAAGAGAGCCGCCACGCCCCAGGAGAGCGACUCGCCGGAUACCGCGGAGCAGAACGAGAGUGGUUGUGGCGAGAACUCUGUCAACGGGUACGUGGACGUUCCCGACAGCCCCGACAGUCCGGAACCGCCCCCGAAGCGAGUGACCGCCAAGAGGGGUGUUCGGAACAAAAGGAAGUCUGUGGUGGGGUCUGUCAUCGCCGGCCCCAGCCUCGCACGUAGGAAGUCCUUGGUUCUGAAGAAGAGACGGUCUGUGGUCGCGAGGAAGAUGCCUUCGGCUGGGAAGGUGCUAUCUUGGCGAGAUCUCCCCACGAUAGCCAGCGGCUCCAAGCACGUCGUAAAGGUGGCCAAGAGCAACGAACUCCCCGAUGCUACUACUAAGAAACGGGGCCGCGCUAGGAAGGGGCAGUAGCAGGGAACGCUGCUGUUCAGAACCACGCAAGACUGAUCACUCGUGCAAGUUUGUGAUACAUUUGUAAGACAGUGCUUCCUGUGUAAUUGUUAUGAUGUCGUAAUGUAUUUGGUUUGUGUGUGUUUUAGCUUAAGAAAUGUCAAUGUUGCACGUGCCAUUCUUUUCAAAUGACUGUAUGCAAAUGGUGUUAAGAUUUUUUUAGUACAAAUGGCUUAAUUAAAAAGGAAAAAAAAAUUGGUAUAAUUUUUGUAUUGGCAUGGUUUUGUCAUGAUUUUAUCAUUUAAUUGUUUGAACAUACAUGUUCUAUAAUGUAAAAUUUUUAAUUUAUCUAUAUUUUGAUUUCAGCAAAUUGCAAACAGUGUCUGUUGUCUAAUAAAAGUAUUUUAAGGUCUGUUAGACAUGUGCUAGUCAUCAUCCUUAAAAUGAUACAAGAUUUUUUAGAAAAACAAAAUUUUUCUUCUUUUAAAAUUAGUAGGAUUUUUGUUCUCGCCAUACAAGACUAGCUGAUUGUGAGGAAACAUCAGAAAUAUUUUAAUGUUAGUUUUUUUUGCACCGACUUGAAAAAUAAUCAUAUUGCAACAUUGCAAGAUUUAAUAUUUAAUACAGUUUUUAGUCUUAAAUACCCAAGAUUUUCAGUAUUAAAGUGAAGUAAUUCUUGAGUGAAUAAAACAUUUUUGUCCAAAAUUUGUUUUUCUUGGUUAAUUUUGUGUACAAAGAAGUUUUUAUUCAGUGCUUGGUUUUUUUCAGUAUAAUUAUAUCUUAAAUUAAGCAUCAACUAUUACAAUAUAGCUGUUUAAAAACAUGCAUAUUCCGAUAUUUACAAUUCUGUUCUUGGACGUUAUUUCCGUAUUUAAAAAAAAUGUACAUGGAAUUUAAAUUUUUCUUAUUUUACAAAUGUGAUUACAAUUUUAUUAUUAAAUAAUAAUUAGAGGUGGACGGGAAUAGCAUUUUUACUUCGGGACGGGAUUCGGUCGGGAAAUACAUUAGAUUUUCGGGAUCGGGAUCGGGAGCAAGAGCAGUAAAUUGUCUCUUGUACAGAAAAUUAUAUUUACUUUAUUUACUUUUAAAAUGUGCGUUUUUUUAAGUCUUUUUUUUAAUAAACCAUCCACAUCUAUAGUCCAAAUCAGUGGAAAUGGCACUGCCUAUUUUAGCAUUCAAACUGUUGACAGUUUCUUCGUACAACUCUGGAAUUAUUUUCCUGCUGAAUGUUUUGCUCGAUGGGAGACUGUACAGAGGCUUAACCAAUUUUAAAACAUUUUUUAGGCCUCUUUCAUCAACUAACCAUUUACCUACUUCUUUUGUCAAAGCCUUUUACUUGGGGUGGUCAAUACCCCAGGUGACAAAAUUAGCUAGCUUGGGCUGAUUUGUUUGUACAUCUGAUUUAACUGACUUUUUCUCACUUCUGCUUGAUAAUUUGAAAGAUGUGUAUUUUUCCUGAAGAAUGGCCAACUCAUUUUUUGCCUUCGGAUGUUGUGUUAAGUGUCUGUGCAUACCUGUUAUGGUACCAUAUUCCGUUUUCAGGACAGAAGGACACACAGUACAUUGCACCUUGUUAUUUGGUAAUUUAUUAAAGAACGUCCAAAUAGGCGCAGAAGACACACCUGGUUCACUUUUGCUACUGCCUGGAAUGCCAGGCUCCAUCAUUCACACACGUGUAUAAACUACCCUUUUUUAUUAAAUGAAAUUUACUGGAAAUAAUUAUCUCGUUUACUUUAAAAAUACCACUAAUUUUUAAUUGUUCACUUUCAUUCUUACAUAAUGACCAACCACUAAAAAGUAAAAUCCUCUGAUGUUUAUGAAAGACGUUUAUAAUGGCAAAAACAUGUGAAACCAAGAUGGCGUCUUUAGUUUAUUAGCGUUUCGAAUAUUACGCGUUUGGCAACACUGCUUAUUGUUGCACUUGUUAAUUUUCAAGACAAAUUAUAACCUACAAAUACGGCAAAGACGUUAACUUUCGCCAAACUUAAAAAUAAUAUUCAACAUUGAGUUCUUUAAUUAGUCAGAGAUUUAUUUUCACUAUGUUUAUGAACGAGUGUUGAAUUUACGUUAAUGUUUAUAAUAUGCAAUUUAUUUUUUGUGAUGUC